GAAGAACAUUGCCGCCAAAGCGAACAGCGCCCUCCAAAUUCCGCUACGUCGAUUCAAACCCUCCCAAACCCAACUCCCACCUCAGUUCGAAGAACAAGAUUAGAAAAAUCACAAAAGGCCCUGUAAACAUGUCGGGCGGAACCCGGGGCGCCGUCCCCCUCCACACCAAAAACACAGUGGCGCAAGACAUGCUGACCCAUCUGUUCACGAAGCCCACCCUCAAUUCCGCCGAAGACUUUCCCUCCGUGCCUCAGCCGGAGAUCAAGGCUGCGCUCGACAGGCUUGCCAGCAGGUCCAUGGUCGAAUAUGUGACUAUCGACUCCGAGCAGGCGACCCUGACGCCAGAGGCCGAGGCCAUUGUCCAGGAGGGCAGCCACGAGUUUAAGGUCUGGAGCGCGGUGAAGCAGGCCGGGAGGAUUGCGAUCAAGGAUCUUCCUAAUUUCGUUGGCGCGGAUUCCGCAAGGGUCGGCUCGGGCAAUGCGUUCAAGAACAAAUGGAUCAAGAAAGAUGGCGACUCGUUGGUGCUCGUCGCGGAGGAGGUGAAAGAUGUAACUCGCGACAGGCUGAGAGAAAUUCAAGAUACCAAGACACUCUCCGAUGCGAAGCUUCUAAAUGACUACAAGAAGCGGAAACUGGUCACCUUCUCAAAGGUCAUUAGCUAUACAAUUAACAAGGGACCCAAGUACGCGAUCGAGAUGCCCGUCGAGGUCACGGAUCUGACAGUGGAGAUGAUCGCGAGUGGAGAGUGGGAGAAGGCGAACUUCAAGGGUUAUAAUUUCGCUGCGCUAGGUGCUCCGCAGAAUGCUGGCUCUCUACAUCCUUUGAAUAAAGUGCGCACUGAGUUCCGCACCCUUUUCUUCAACCUAGGUUUCACAGAGAUGCCUACAGGCCACUUUGUCGAUAGCGCUUUCUGGAACUUCGAGGCUUUAUAUGUCCCCCAGCAACAUCCUGCCCGUGACGCGCAAGAUACCUUCUUCAUCAGCUACCCUCCGAAAUCCGACAAGCCACGCGCAGAUCCCUACACAGACAACACUUUGGAUGACAUCGAGGCAGGUGCCCGAAGGCUUUACGCUGCCAAUGAAAAGAGAAAGAGGGUGCCGAGGGACUACGAAGCAUACUGGGAGAAUAUCAAGGCAGUUCACGAGAACGGUGGCGAUUUUGGCUCUAUUGGAUACAGGUACUCUUGGUCGGAAGACGAAGCGCUUCGUCUUGUCCUGAGAACACACACAACGGCCGUCUCGACAGCCGUUUUGCACCGCCUUGCAGAAGACCCUCGGCCUGCCCGGUACUUCUCGAUCGAUCGUGUUUUCCGUAACGAGACAGUCGAUGCAACCCAUUUGGCCGAAUUCCACCAAGUCGAAGGUGUUAUCGCUGACUUCGGCCUGACAUUGGGUGGCCUCAUGCGCUUCCUCGAGGACUUCUUCUCCAAAAUGGGUAUCGACGGCCUCCGCUUCAAGCCCGCAUACAACCCAUACACCGAGCCUUCUAUGGAGAUCUUCGGCUACCAUACUGGCCUAGGUAAAUGGGUCGAGAUCGGAAACUCAGGCAUGUUCCGACCCGAAAUGCUCGAACCAAUGGGUCUUCCCCGUGACAUGCGUGUAUACGGCUUUGGUCUCUCGCUAGAGCGCCCCACCAUGAUCAAGUACGGCGUAAGCAACAUCCGUGAGCUACUUGGACACAAGGUCGACCUCGGAUUCAUCCAGAGCAACCCAGCCGUCCGGCUAGAUAAGAAUUAAACAACUAAAGAAAGUGCAUCAGCCUUUCUUGCAAAAAAUGGAGGAGUGAGAGAAUGAGCAGAAAAAAGAGAAGUGAAAAGAAACGAGAGAAGGGAGGUUUCGAACGACGUUUCGAAGUCACGUCCAUGCUCAUGUGUGUGCGUGUAAAUAUUUCUGCUUGAGGUUGGUUGGGAGGAAGGGAAGAGUUCCCUGUAUGACGACAAUGAUACCGGAAUUAGAUGUCGAUUUGAUUAGAAAUUAUGUCAAAAUUCUUUUUCAAAGUCCUAUCCUCGAUACGGGCAGGUCAAGGGGGCGGCAACCAGUGGUCGGUUGAUGGCGAGUAAGAUAUAUCCCUCUGUCAGAAAAGACAAGAAUAGGGCACGAACAUGAAAACCAAAAAAGAAAAAUAGAAUCA